AUGAAGAAGCACCGGUUCAGUUCAAUAGACAACACUGCCUUUAAACAACAGCAUUUGCCUGCCUUCUGGAUAUACUACUCUGCCAAGAGAAUUCUCUGCUACUUCUUUGCCAUAGGAAUAUUCUGCAUCACCAUGGGCAUUAUCCUUUUAUCGGCUUCAAAUAGCAUCACAGAAAUAGAGAUUAAUUACACAAAAAAUUGUGCAAAUUGUGCAACUUUUCGGGAAAAUGCCAAUAAUUUCAAGGACGAAUGCAGUUGCUCAAUUCCCUUUUACCUUCCCCAGGCAAUACAGGGUAAAGUUUAUAUGUACUACAAAUUGUAUGGUUUCUAUCAGAACCUCUAUCAAUAUGUUAAAUCCAGAAGUAAUAACCAACUUUUGGGCAUGGAUAUAAAGAAUGUUGAUGGCUGUACCCCAUUCACGUAUUCCAAUGAUGGGCUCCCCUAUGCUCCUUGCGGUGCUAUUGCCAACAGCAUGUUCAAUGACACCAUUAUUCUUUCAUACAAUCUUAAUUCAUCUACGCAUGUUCAAGUCCCAAUGCUGAGGAGUGGAAUUGCAUGGUGGACAGAUAAAUAUGUCAUGUUUCAGAAUCCACCUUUGAGUAACCUGACAGCUGCAUUUAAUGGAACAGCAAAGCCCCCAAGCUGGCAUAGGCCUAUCUAUCAGAUGGAUGAAGAGAUGCCAGAAAACAAUGGUUUCCUCAAUGAGGAUUUUAUUGUGUGGAUGCGGAUAGCUGCCUUCCCUACUUUCAAAAAACUGUACCGUCUACUCAACCGCACUGGAUAUUUUAGUGAAGGCUUGCCUCCUGGUAAUUAUAAUUUCAUCAUAAACUACAACUUUCCGGUAACCAUGUUCGAUGGGGAAAAAUCAGUUAUCCUUACCAACUUAACAUGGAGUGGAGGCAAGAGCACCUUCUUAGGCAUCGCUUACAUGGUGACAGGAGCCAUAACAUGGUUGGUCACCUUUUGCAUAAUAGGGAUUCACUUGAGGAAUCGAAGAAAGAAGCCAUUACUUUCUGAUCAGUAA